ACUUAUCAUUGGCCAACUUUAUUAACGACGGUCUACACGUCCGUAUGUGUCGUUUGUGUGUCCGUGAUGUGUAGGAAGCGUAAUGUCGUCGAGACCUUCGACAAGCGUCAGCAUGAGUCCCGAGACGCACAUGCGCUUGAGUCCCGAGAAGCACAUGCGCUUAGCAAAACCGUUUUCACCUUGUGCGAGAUCGGUGCGGCAUCAUGACGGUCAAACGUGGAUCGACGAAGCAGCCAAGGAGGACUUCGACGAGGACCCAUGGAUGACCAUCGUCCCGUACAUGAACCUGCAUCUCGACGAAUGGAACGAUAAUGAUUGGAAGGCGAUGGAGCGUGCCUGCCCUCAGGCAAGCCAUUACAAGUUUGCCAACAUGUUAGAGUUCGGAAGCCUCAUUGCACUGCCUGAUGGUGUCCUCCARCGAAAGACCCUGGACGAUAAGGGUAAACCGAUCCGCUACCGUACCAGCUUCAGACGUCGCCUCCACUGCGAGUACAUCACAUCUUCGCCACGAACAUGGGGAAGUUCGCAGAAGCAAGAGUUGUGUUUUGAAGAUGGCGUGAUGCCGGAAGGGCUCGAUCAUGAGGCGUUUGUAGUCGAGAACGGGGUAAGGAUUUUCAAAGUAAAUGAGACGAUAGGCAGGAUGACCACCGCAUGGAUUAAGAGGAGAACAUUCACAGUUAUCUUCCAGGGGGCGGCACAAGAUCUUUCGUUAAAAAUCAGAGAGGACCUCAUCCGAGCCUACGAAAACGGAUGGAUUCUUCAACGAAUAUUCGACAGGGGAGUGCGCAGAGGAAGGAUCCAUGGGGAAGGUCUGAAUAUGGUGUCAUACAUUGCUAUGACGGAGGAGAUAGCACAAUGGAUGAUAGCCAAAGGUGAGGACAAAGUGGUGGUAGGCUCUAUUUCUUACCCUAUGCUAUUUAAGCCAUGGAUGACGAGGAAAGAGUUGGAAGACAAAAGAAAAGUAGAUGACGAGACUAAGUUCUGGGUGAUUGUGCUGAGGAUUCCGAUCCGGACCGUCUUCCAUGUGCAGGACAUGCUGGAGAAGUCUAUGGGGAAAGUGAUAAAGGCGUACGAGCCAGACAAGACAAGGCCAAAGUUUAUGAAUAGGAAGUACGAUCUGGUAAAGGAAGUAGAGAGCAAUUUCGUACCGGAACUUCCGAUGAAACUCGAAGACGGGGAGAUUGUCACAAUUAAAGUGGUGUGUAAACACACUCCAUGGUGUGAGAAGUGCCGAUGGUGGUUUCAUACGGCUACGAGCGGAUGUCCAAAGCUCACAGAACAGAACAAUCAAGCCCCAGGCGAAGGCGAGACGGCGGAAAAUUUCGGUGGGAGAAGAGAAGACAACCGAACCUCCCCAAGACAGCACAGGAUCCAAGAGGCGCCAAGAGAUCUAUCAAAGAGCAUAAUGCAAGGAAGCCAUCAAGGCUCCCAAGUACGAUCGGGUUUACCAAAAGGACGGGACCAAGAUAUCGAACAAGGGCAAUACAGACCGACAGGGAGACCUCAAUAUGAUCAAGCCAACAAAGCGUUCAGAUCCAAUAUGCUCCAAGGAGGCGUAGGACCACAGUUUCAUCACGGAGCCUUCACACCGUACGGGAACAAUGGAGCGUUUCGCUGACAGCAACAACAAGCAGCGGGCAUAUGGCAAAACUCGU